UCCUGAGGUGUUUCAGUUUUCAGACUAUAAGGUCUUUUCCCCUCCAACUGUCAGACAGUGAACAAUGAGUGCUAAUUAGGGGACUUAAAAUAGAAUAAAUCUUAAUUCCAGAGAGUAGUUCACUGCUGUGAUAAAGGAACAAGGCAAGGAUGGUUGUCUCUCUUCAUGCAUAUUCAAGCAUAUCCUGAGAAAGAAGGUUGGCUGUGUGUCAGGGGAGCACUACAAAAGAUCGGUGCUUGAAGAGAGGGCUGAAUUUCAAGCCAGCCAAGAUAGUUACAAAGUGGAUUGAAGAGGCCCGGCCAUGUUUGCCAAGAUCUGAAGCUUGUUCCAAAAGCAGUGUUUGCAUUUAAGUCACUGCAGCAGCUGAAAGACUACUGAAUACAUCCGAGGGAUAGUUGGGUGGCAUCAGACCUGUCACAAUGAAGUAUUUCUGUUUCGCCUUGUUUCUGGUUCUGUUCAUUAUUAAACUGCAAAGAUGUGACGGAUUAACGACAAGAGGACAGGGGCUGAAAGGGCGCGUGCAGCGGGACAGGCGCAACAUCAGACCCAACAUUAUCCUGAUCCUCACUGACGAUCAGGAUGUUGAGCUUGGCUCUAUGCAGGUGAUGAACAAAACUCGGAAAAUAAUGGAGCAGGGAGGUGCUUCCUUCACAAACGCCUUUGUAAGCACACCAAUGUGUUGUCCUUCACGGUCCUCCAUGCUGACAGGGAAGUACGUCCACAAUCACAACACGUACACCAACAACGAGAACUGCUCUUCUCCUUCGUGGCAGGCUCAGCACGAGCCCCGGUCGUUCGCUGUGUACCUCAACAACACAGGCUACAGAACAGCUUUCUUUGGGAAAUACCUCAAUGAAUACAAUGGUAGCUACAUACCACCAGGGUGGCGAGAAUGGGUUGGGCUGAUAAAAAAUUCCCGCUUUUACAAUUACACCGUCUGUCGGAACGGUUACAAGGAAAAGCAUGGAUCAGAUUAUGCCAAGGAUUAUUUCACAGAUUUAAUUACCAACGACAGCAUUAAUUACUUCAGAAUCUCCAAACGGAUGUACCCCCACAGACCGGUAAUGAUGGUCAUCAGCCAUGCCGCUCCACACGGACCAGAGGACUCGGCCCCACAGUUCUCAGAGCACUUCCCCAAUGCCUCCCAGCACAUUACACCCAGUUACAACUAUGCACCCAACAUGGAUAAGCAUUGGAUUAUGCAGUACACUGGCCCGAUGAGGCCCAUAAACAUGGAGUUUACCAAUUUUCUGCAUCGGAAAAGAUUGCAGACGCUUCUGUCUGUGGAUGAUUCUGUUGAAAAGGUAUAUGAAAUGCUUGUGGAGACUGGAGAGCUGGACAACACCUACGUCAUAUACACAGCUGAUCAUGGCUACCAUAUCGGACAGUUUGGUCUAGUGAAAGGAAAAUCCAUGCCUUAUGAUUUUGACAUCAGAGUCCCUUUCUUUGUCCGUGGUCCCAACAUUGAGCCAGGAUCAAUCCAUCCUCAUAUGAUUUUAAAUAUUGACCUUGCUCCAACAAUUCUGGACAUCGCAGGACUCGAUACGCCUCCAGAUAUGGAUGGAAAAUCUAUCUUAAAACUAUUGGAACCAGAAAAAACAGGAAACAGGUUCAGAUCAAAUCGAAAACCCAAAGUCUGGCGGGAUACAAUCCUUGUGGAGAGAGGAAAGUUUCUUCGUAAGAAGGAGGAGAGCAGCAACAAUAAUAAGCAGCAGUCUAACAACCUGCCCAAGUACGAGAGGGUGAAAGAGCUGUGCCAGCAAGCAAAAUACCAGACCGCCUGUGAACAGCCCGGCCAGAAGUGGCAGUGUAUUGAGGACACAUCAGGAAAGCUGCGAAUUCACAAAUGCAAAGGGUCUCUGAAAGUUUCAGCAAAAAGAAAGCGGACAAGAAGCCUGCGAUCCAGAGGGUACAGUUCCAAGGAGAAGGAGUGUGACUGUGGGAAAACUGACUACAAGCCAGCCAGAGGGGAAAGACGGAAUCAAAGACAGCUUUCUCAGACUAACCAAAGGUACAAGCCACGCUUUGUCCACACUCGGCCAACCAGGUCCCUGUCAGUAGAAUUUGAAGGGGAAGUUUACGAUAUUAACCUUGAGGAAGAGGCGCAGCCAGCUUACGAGACACGGAACAUCAGCAAGCGUCACUAUGAUCUAGAGGUGGAGGAAGAUUUGGAAGAAAUGCUGGCUGAUGACAAUGCAGUGGGACAGCCCAGCUCUGUAAAAGUCACUCACAAAUGUUACAUUCUGGCCAAUGACACAGUGCAUUGCGAGAGAGAAAUCUACCAGUCAUCCAGGGCCUGGAGGAACCAUAAGAGCUACAUCGCCCAAGAGAUUGAAGCUCUUCAAGACAAAAUUAAGAAUUUGAGAGAAGUGAGGGGACAUCUAAAACGAAGACGACCAGAUGAAUGUGACUGUAGUAAGAGCUACUUUAACAAAGAACAGGCACCGAGAAACAAAGAAAGAAAGAAAAGUAACCAUCGUCUCCAUCCCUUUAAGGAAGCAGUACAGGAGGUUGAUGGUAAAGUGCAGAAUUUUAAUGAGAGUCGGCGAAAAAAAAAGGAGAGAAAGCAAAAGAAGCGCUUGAAGAAAGGGGAUGACUGCAGCCUGCCAGGCCUCACCUGCUUUACACACGACAACGACCACUGGCAGACCGCACCCUUCUGGAACUUGGGGUCGUUCUGUGCCUGUACCAGUGCCAAUAACAACACUUACUGGUGUUUACGAACAAUUAACGACACACACAAUAUCCUCUUCUGUGAGUUUGCUACUGGCUUCUUGGAAUAUUUUGACAUGAACAAUGAUCCUUAUCAGCUGACAAAUGCAGUGCACACUGUUGACAGGGAAGUCCUGAACGAGCUUCAUCUACAGUUAAUGGAGCUGAGAAGCUGUCGGGGUCAUAGACAGUGUAACCCUAGGUCUAGGGGACUUGAAACAGAGGAGAGCAACUAUGGAAUGGAUGGGAAGGCUAAACUGCCAAACUUUACUGAGGACGUCAACUGGCAAGGACUGGAAGAUUUGUACGGUGUGAACGAGAUGACGUUUGAGAACAGAUACAAUUAUAGUCUUAGCCUGGAUGACUGGACUAAUUAUUGGAAGGAUGUAGAUAGUAUGUUUGCACUGCUAAGCAUUUUUUAUGAACAAAAUGAAACAAACAAGUCUGAUGCCCUUAAUGAGAAUGGGGCUUCAUCUGACUUCUCCACAGGGUCCGGGUCGGGGGACAUGCCCCCUACAGAAGACGAAUCAAGCGGUACAAUGACGAACGUGCAGCCUACUGUGCCCACGGCAGACUCUGAAACUGUAAGAUUCAGUACAGAUUUUAAAACCCUUGAAAAGAAACGUGAAUCCCAUAAUGACCUACCUGAGGGAGUCAUUCCAGACUUGGAAUACUGGAGGAGCGGUCAAAAGGAAACAUGGACCAAACAGGUGGAAGAGGACUUGGACAAUGACGGGUUUGUUUUCAGUGGAAAUGGUUUGACGGAGAUGGAGACCAGAUAUCGCUUUGUUCUACAGUCAGUCUCCCAUCUUCAGCAGGACUUUGUCGUUGAGGAGGAGGACGUAUUUGAAGGCCAAGGUUACCUUCCAGUAGAUCCAGACAGUCCCUUCCUUCACCAAACUGCAAAUCUUGCAACACAGAUGGGAACUAGUGCUCCUCUUACACAAGCAACCGCAUGUAACAGGAGCAAAAACGAUCCAACCGAACAACGAACCUCUGAAAACUUAAGAACAGAAGGCAGUGGCUUGUCCUCCCAUCCCUUCAAUUGAAUACAAGUUUUAAAGUAGCACAUUAAGAUGGCACAAAGAGACAAUGGGACAUAUUUCAUUGCCAAAUGGGUCUGGUUAUCUCGGUAUCAAAAGUAGAGAUUUCCAGGUUUAGAAAUGCUGCAUUGUAUUUGUAAUAUUUGUGUUUGUACCUUUUUUUUUUUUUUUUUUUAACAGGUGCUUAAAAUAAUUAGACAACAGUGUUAUAUAUAUCCAAAUCCAAAUGUAGCUUUUCUAAAAUAAUAAUUAUUUAAAUGCCAAGCUGAUUACUGGAUUUAAGCAAUUAUUUGCAACCACAGGUCUAAUAAAUCUAUCAUUACUAUCUGAGUAAACAGAAGUCUUUGUCUAGUAGACAGACUUUUCUACAAGUGUUUUUUUCAAUGCCUGUGAAAUGCACUUACUGAAAUGUUUGCCAAUAGGCUUUCUUUAAGAAGUUUCUUUAGUUGUAUUACUCAGUGUUUCAAGUUAUGGAUGUAUUAUUAAUGUCCUUGCACCCAGUGUUUGUGAAUGUAUUAUUAAUACCUCCAAACAUUUUAGUGCACUCUUCUAAAGUAACAACCACUGACAAUUCCUAUCCAAGCAGGUGUGUUUGUAUAACUCUAUUGCACUUUUGUUUCUUGUUUGCCUUAUUUCACUCCUACUGCUGCCUUUUCUGAAAAUUAUUCAUCUGUGUGCGUGUGCAUUUACACCUGCCGCUUAAACAUCCGGGUUGUGUCAUUAUAACACAAAUAAAUUGGGGGAAAAAAUAACAAUCUGGUGUGUUAAAAACAUUGAAUAAAAAUUGAAAAGAAAACAAAAAAAACAACUGUCUGAUUUAUUUGGCACCAAUUUGGUUACUUUCAAUUAAUUUCAAGUGAUAAUGAGUUAAUCUGUAGACACCUGACACUGCAGUUUAAAAUGAUAGUGCAUGCUAAAAAAACAAUAUUGUUUAGUAGAAUGCACCCAAAAUUCUGUGGAAUGGUAUGUUUAGUUAUUGUCACAUCUCAUAGUCCGUAUUCUAAAUCUGUUUUUGUUUGUUUAUUUUUUUAUUAAAUCAUAAGUAGGAGCUCCUCAUUGUAGACUGCCUUAACCCUUUUUUAAUGCAUAACUGUGGCCUUUAUUGCUGUAUUGAUGCACAUAUACUGCUUGAAAAGACAUUUUAAAAAGGCAAAUUAUUGAUGUACUUCAAGGUGAUCUGUGUAAAUAAUAUGUAUACAAAUAGGAAUUGAAUUGUUACCCUCCUAAAUGUUGUAGACUUUUGUGGACUUGUAUGGUGAUCAAAGUCAUGCAACAACUCUGGCUUCAGGAAAGUCAAGAAGCAUUGUUCCCUUUCAAGUAUGAAAUGUAACAAUUACCGAAUGGGUAUUUACCUCCUAAAGACCCGAAUCCGAAUAUUUUAUGCCAAAGCUGCUCACCGAGCCUGUAACGCAGUGAUGGCCCCGCCCCCAAGGGAACAAAAGGACUUCGCACACAGAUCUUAGCGUCAUUUUUCCUUUUAAAACUUACCUGACGGAGAGCCUUGUUCAGAUAAGUACAAUUGUUGCUUAUAUCUGUAUAUAUUUAAAAUAAAUUUCCAUGUCGUUGCCCCCCGCCCCCACAUCGUGUGAACGACUCUCAAUUGAGGUAGCCCAUUUGGAGGGGAGGCACUAUUUUUCAGAUUUGUCUGUUAAUCUGUGUUACCGGUAGCCCAUUUGGAGGGUUUCAGAACACCGGCGCAGUGGAAUUUUCACAUUUAAAUGGGGCAGCUUAAGCCGUGCCUUAUUAAUUUGGGGCCACUUAAUACAUUCUGGAUGGGUUAAAAUUUGUGCCGCGGCAACAAGUCUGCAACAAAGUUCCUUUAUUUUUUCUUUUUUUAGUACAGGUCACGUGCGACAGUAUACAUAAUGUUGUUAUUCAGCUAUGCAAAACAAAGGUGCAAUUGUUAAUCAACUUCUACCAGGUACCACCUGAAUACAUUUAUAUGUAAGGAAUGAGUAUAUGGUGUGUUUCUGGGAUUUAAAAACUUUUAAGGACUUGAUUUAAAGAACCAAUAUAUGGAUUGUUCAGCAACAGACCUCAAUGAAAACAAUGUUUGUUUUUUUUUUUAGUUUUUUUUUUUAAGAUAGGUGGUUAAAUUCAUACUCAUCUGGUAUUAGUGUGUGUGUGUGUAUAUAUAUAUAUAUGUACAACAAAUAUUUGACUGUAUAUAAAAAAAUGUUUUCAGAAUCUUUUGUGUUCCAGUAGGAGUUUUUCUUCACUUACUGACAUUUGUUUAAAAUGAGGGGUCCCUACUAGAAUUUAGUAACCUUUUAUGUUCAAAUUGUUAUUUUAGUGAGUUGUUUAAUUUGAUCAGACCCCCCCCCCCCAUUGAAUUAUUUUCUAUAUUACACUUUUUAAUAGUGGACUAAAAUAAAGGAUAUUUUGUUGUUUUUA